AUGAGACAUACAAACCCAUUUUUUAAAAUUUUUUUUUUCAAAAAAAACCAAUCUCCACCAACCACUUGUGGGAAGUUUCUUGCCAGCGCUGGGACCAACACACAAGACCAGCCCAGUCCCUCUCCUGGAGCCCAGGUAUUUCUCUUCUCCGGCACACAAACCCUUCGAAGACCGAAGAUGACAACAGAUAUGAUUGAGAGCAAUAACACCAAAUCCAGUGCUCCCCUCCUGACCCAAAGAUACCUGAGGAUGGUGACCAAGGAUGGACACAGCACAUUCCAGAUGGAUGGUGCCCAAGGAAAGGGUCUGGCAUACCUCCGAGAUGCAUGGGGAAUAUUAAUGGACAUGCGCUGGAGAUGGAUGAUGCUUGUCUUUUCUGCUUCUUUUGUGAUUCACUGGCUAGUCUUUGCAGUGCUUUGGUAUUUGCUGGCUGAGAUGAAUGGGGACCUGGAGCUGGACCACGAUGCUCCACCUGACAACCACACUAUAUGUGUCAAGUACAUCACCAGUUUUACAGCUGCUUUCUCCUUCUCACUGGAGACGCAACUCACAAUUGGUUACGGCACUAUGUUCCCAAGUGGGGACUGUCCCAGUGCUAUUGCACUGCUUGCAAUACAGAUGGUCCUGGGGCUCAUGCUGGAAGCCUUCAUCACAGGUGCUUUCGUGGCAAAGAUCGCCCGACCAAAGAAUCGGGCAUUCUCCAUCCGCUUCACCCGCUCUGCCGUAGUGACACACACCGAGGGGAAGCCAUACCUUAUGUUCCAGGUAGCCAACACACGCUCCAGCCCACUGACUAGCGUCCAGAUUUCUGCUAUACUUUACCAAGAACAAGAAAAUGGGCAGCUGCACCAAACUAGUGUUGACUUCCACUUAGACAGCGUUACUUCGGAAGAGUGUCCUUUUUUCAUCUUUCCACUGACCUACUACCAUUUAAUCACCCCAUCCAGCCCCCUGGCUGCUCUCCUCCAAAGAGAAGCUGCUCACCAUUUUGAGCUGGUUGUCUUUCUGUCAGCUGUGCAGGAGGGCACAGGAGAAACGUGUCAAAGGAGAACAUCCUACCUCCCCUCAGAGAUCAUGCUGUGCCAUCGCUUCGCCUCCGUGCUAGCCCGCAAUGCCAAAGGUGAAUAUCAGAUCAAGAUGGAGAAUUUUGACAAGACUAUUCCUGAGCUCCCAGCUGCGGCCGACUCAAAGAGUCCAAAAAGGACUGACAAAGAGAUCCGCAUCAAUGGACAGCACGCCGACAGCUUCCAGCUCUCCGAGACUGGCCUCACGGAAUAG